UCCCGGGCGGAGGCGCAACUUAUAGCCCCGGAGCGCGGUGGCCCGGCGCAGUCUGCUCCCGCAGCCUCAGAGCGAUCGGCACGACGGAGGCGCUGCAGAGACCCAGAGCCGACGCCAGGCGGCCGCCGGUGUUCACGCCACAGCCUCGCUCCCUCCCACCCUGCGCGCAGCCCGCCUUCCUCCGCGGCGCGGCCGCCGCAGGCUCACUCUCCCCGGGCUAGGCGAGCGCCGGCAGACGCUUGGCCCGGCCGGGGCGCCAGGUCCUCAGCUGCAGAUCCGGAGGCCGAGCUCCCUGCCAGAGCCGAUCCGGGAGCCACAGUCCCCGGCGCUAUCGCCUCUCCCUUCCCGGCACUCCUUUCUCCAGGGUGAUCGCCACCUCUUCCUGGGACCGAGACGACCCCCGUCGGCUCCUCGCGGGUGACCGAGGCCAGAACCCCAGUUGUCUGGUUGUGUGCGGAGGCCAGUCGCCCACUGCUGAGUUGAAACAAAAUGUCAGUCAGUGUGCAUGAGAACCGCAAGUCCAGGGCCAGCAGUGGUUCCAUCAAUAUCUACCUAUUUCAUAAGUCUUCCUACGCUGACAGUGUUCUCACCCAUCUGAACCUACUACGUCAGCAGCGGCUCUUCACCGAUGUCCUCCUCCAUGCCGGAAACAGGACCUUCCCUUGCCACCGGGCAGUGCUGGCUGCGUGCAGCCGCUACUUUGAAGCCAUGUUCAGUGGUGGCCUGAAAGAGAGCCAGGACAGUGAAGUCAACUUCGACAAUUCCAUCCACCCAGAAGUCUUAGAGCUGCUUCUCGACUAUGCGUACUCGUCCCGGGUCAUCAUCAACGAAGAAAAUGCCGAGUCACUCCUGGAAGCUGGCGACAUGCUGGAGUUUCAGGACAUCAGAGAUGCUUGUGCCGAAUUUCUGGAGAAGAACCUGCAUCCCACCAACUGCCUGGGUAUGCUCCUGCUGUCCGAUGCGCACCAGUGUACCAAGCUCUAUGAACUCUCCUGGAGAAUGUGUCUCAGCAACUUCCAAACCAUCCGUAAGAACGAAGAUUUCCUCCAGUUGCCCCAGGACAUGGUUGUGCAGCUCCUGUCCAGUGAGGAGCUGGAGACAGAAGACGAAAGGCUUGUGUAUGAGUCUGCCAUGAACUGGAUUAGCUAUGACCUGAAGAAACGCUACUGUUACCUCCCUGAACUGUUGCAGACCGUGAGGCUGGCCCUACUCCCUGCCAUCUAUCUCAUGGAGAAUGUGGCUAUGGAAGAACUCAUCACCAAGCAGAGGAAGAGUAAGGAGAUUGUGGAAGAGGCCAUCCGGUGCAAACUGAAAAUCUUGCAGAACGACGGCGUGGUGACCAGCCUCUGUGCCCGCCCACGGAAAACGGGCCAUGCCCUCUUCCUCCUGGGAGGACAGACUUUCAUGUGUGACAAACUGUACUUGGUAGACCAGAAGGCUAAAGAAAUCAUUCCCAAGGCUGACAUCCCCAGCCCGAGGAAAGAGUUCAGUGCGUGUGCCAUCGGCUGCAAAGUAUACAUUACUGGGGGGCGGGGAUCCGAAAAUGGGGUCUCAAAGGAUGUCUGGGUUUAUGAUACCCUGCAUGAGGAGUGGUCCAAGGCUGCCCCCAUGCUGGUGGCCAGGUUCGGUCAUGGAUCUGCUGAACUGAAGCACUGCCUGUAUGUGGUCGGUGGACACACAGCUGCAACGGGUUGCCUCCCGGCCUCCCCCUCCGUGUCCCUAAAGCAAGUAGAACAUUAUGACCCCACAACCAACAAAUGGACCAUGGUAGCCCCACUCCGAGAAGGCGUCAGCAAUGCUGCUGUAGUGAGCGCCAAACUCAAGCUGUUUGCUUUCGGAGGUACCAGUGUCAGUCACGACAAGCUUCCCAAGGUUCAGUGUUACGAUCAGUGUGAGAACAGGUGGACGGUACCGGCCACCUGUCCCCAACCCUGGCGUUACACGGCAGCAGCUGUGCUGGGGAACCAGAUAUUUAUCAUGGGUGGAGAUACCGAGUUCUCUGCCUGCUCUGCUUACAAAUUCAAUAGUGAGACUUACCAGUGGACCAAGGUGGGAGAUGUCACAGCCAAGCGCAUGAGCUGCCAUGCCGUGGCCUCCGGGAACAAGCUUUAUGUAGUUGGAGGAUACUUCGGCAUUCAACGCUGCAAGACUUUGGACUGUUACGAUCCAACUUUAGAUGUGUGGAACAGCAUAACCACAGUUCCAUACUCACUGAUCCCUACCGCGUUCGUCAGCACCUGGAAACAUCUGCCUUCUUAAUGCGUGGCAUCCUAAAGAAAGUGCGCAUGAGGUAAGAAAUCAGAGCUG